AUUUUCCAUUUUCGCUUUCAAAAAACCAAUCACUUUUCUUCACUCUCUUCGCAAACACAUUCCUAAUUCUCUAACAAAAAUUAAUUAUUUCUCAUUCAUUAGUUUGUAAUUAAGGCAGUAGAAGAUGGCUGAUACUGAGGAUAUUCAACCCCUUGUCUGUGAUAAUGGAACUGGAAUGGUCAAGGCUGGAUUUGCUGGAGAUGAUGCUCCACGUGCUGUAUUUCCCAGUAUUGUUGGUCGUCCUCGUCACACCGGUGUGAUGGUUGGUAUGGGGCAGAAAGAUGCCUAUGUUGGUGACGAGGCUCAAUCCAAAAGGGGUAUUUUGACAUUGAAAUAUCCAAUUGAGCAUGGUAUUGUAAGCAACUGGGAUGACAUGGAAAAGAUUUGGCAUCACACUUUUUACAAUGAGCUUCGUGUUGCCCCGGAAGAGCACCCUGUUCUUCUCACUGAGGCUCCGUUGAAUCCCAAGGCUAAUCGUGAGAAGAUGACUCAAAUCAUGUUUGAGACAUUCAAUACUCCUGCUAUGUAUGUUGCCAUCCAGGCUGUUUUAUCCUUAUAUGCUAGUGGUCGUACAACUGGUAUUGUGUUGGACUCUGGUGAUGGUGUCAGCCACACAGUUCCCAUAUACGAGGGUUAUGCCCUUCCUCACGCCAUCCUUCGUCUUGACCUGGCUGGUCGUGAUCUUACUGAUGCCUUGAUGAAGAUCCUCACUGAGCGUGGAUAUUCUUUCACUACCACAGCCGAACGGGAAAUUGUGAGGGACAUGAAGGAAAAGCUGGCUUAUAUUGCUCUAGACUACGAGCAAGAGCUAGAGACCGCCAAAACCAGCUCAUCCGUUGAGAAGAGCUAUGAGUUGCCUGAUGGUCAGGUCAUCACCAUCGGUGCUGAACGUUUCCGUUGUCCUGAGGUUCUCUUCCAACCAUCAAUGAUCGGAAUGGAAGCUGCAGGCAUUCACGAGACCACCUAUAACUCCAUUAUGAAGUGUGACGUCGAUAUCAGGAAAGAUCUGUACGGUAACAUUGUCCUCAGUGGUGGCUCAACCAUGUUCCCGGGCAUUGCUGACAGAAUGAGCAAGGAAAUUUCUGCACUAGCACCUAGCAGCAUGAAAAUCAAGGUGGUUGCACCACCCGAGAGGAAAUAUAGUGUCUGGAUCGGUGGUUCAAUCUUGGCUUCUCUUAGUACCUUCCAGCAGAUGUGGAUUGCCAAGGCGGAAUAUGAUGAGUCCGGUCCAUCAAUCGUUCAUCGGAAAUGCUUUUAAGUGUUUGGAGAAUAGGAUUGUUACAGAAAGAGAGAAGAAAAGAAGUGGUAUUUUGAUUAUUGUACGUUUAUUACGGUGUUGGAGUGAUGAUAAUGAGAAGGCCAGGAGUUGUUUGCCAGAGUUGCACAAUUCUUUCAUUGUUACUAUUUUACAGAAUUUUUUGACUCUUAAAUGCAAUUUCAGCUUCAGCUUAUAAUUCAUUUUUUGUUCUUGUUUUAUAAUGAUAAUUUACAAAAAUUUGAUUGUCA